GGGGCUGCGCUUCUCGAGCGCCGCGUGGGUUUGAAGCGCGGCGGCGCGCGGCGGGAUACCGACGUUAGGUGCGGACCUUCGCGUGAGUGGAAACGCAACAGCAGCGCAGCGGCUCGCCGGCUGGUUGUUGGAGAACAUGUCCAACGUUGACUGGAGGCCCUUUGUCUUCGGCGGACUCGCUUCCGUCACGGCAGAAUGCGGGACUUUCCCAAUCGACCUGGCCAAGACACGUCUUCAAAUCCAAGGCCAGGUAGGCGACAGCAGAUACCGAGAGAUCCGGUACCGGGGCAUGCUCCAUGCCAUGGCGAGGAUCGUGCGAGAGGAGGGGCUCCGCGCGCUCUAUUCCGGAUUAGCUCCUGCUAUGCUACGACAGGCCUCCUAUGGGACCAUCAAAAUAGGCACAUACCAGAGCUUGAAGCGCCUGCUGGUUGACAGGCCGGAAGAUGAGACCAUGCUGACUAACGUGAUGUGUGGUGUUCUCUCUGGAGUCAUCUCGUCCUCCAUCGCCAACCCCACUGACGUGCUGAAGAUCCGCAUGCAGGCUCAGGGAAAUGUGAUCAACGGCGGGAUGAUGGGCAACUUCAUCAACAUCUACCAGCAGGAGGGGACAAGGGGACUGUGGAAGGGCGUCUCCCUAACGGCUCAGCGGGCUGCCAUCGUGGUCGGGGUUGAGCUACCGGUCUAUGACAUCACCAAGAAGCACCUGAUCCUGUCGGGUCGCAUGGGGGACAACGUGUACACCCACUUUGUGUCCAGCUUUGCGUGUGGUCUGGCGGGGGCUUUGGCCUCCAACCCAGUGGACGUGGUGCGCACACGUAUGAUGAACCAGAAGGGGGUCGCUCUGUACCAGGGAACGCUGGACUGCAUACUGCAGACGUGGCGCUCUGAGGGCGUCAUGGCGCUCUACAAGGGUUUCUUUCCCAACUGGCUGCGCCUGGGACCGUGGAACAUCAUCUUCUUCCUCACAUACGAGCAGCUGAAGAAGAUCAACGUGUGACUGAAGGGAGGAGACGGCGAAAAGGAGAAGAGCACUUGGUCACGAGCCGAGGACCAACAUCUGGAGGUUUGAUGGAUCCUGCGUGGAACCGCAGGAGGAGGGGAGGGGCUUCAUGCAGACCCCCGUACGGGGGGCGGCGUGCACCCACAGGUGCCAUAGUUUGAUUCUGGCAGUCUGCGCCCGGGUUUGCAUAAGAACCGAGAAUGUCAGAUAGAAGCUGACAAUCAUUCCCUUUUUAUGAAAAGAAAAAAAAGGUUUGUGUGCACGAGUCAACAAACUGGGAUUGCGAUGUGGGGUUUUUAUUUUUAUAAUUUUUAUUUUCUAUAUUUAGUUUGCUGCAUGGCAAGUAUUUAUUCAAAGGUUCUCCCAGGAGUACUUGCAGCGUUCAGAGCCAAGAAUACAUCACUGUGUACUGUAAUGAAUAACAGUUGUAUAAAUGGCCCAAUGACCCGCAUGUGGGAAGACCGGUGGCUGGCGCGCCAGAGAGGGCAGACGUAAAUAUAACGGGGUCAUGGGGUGAGGGCUCCACGGCUUCUAAUGUGUUGCAUUGAAAGAGAAACACAGCCUUUAUUCAGGCCUUCGUACGAUCUCGCACGCUGCUUUAGGUUUCGGACCAGUGAGACGCAUUUAUGUACCAAACAGGGUGGAUUUGCUGUGUUUGUUGCUUAAAAGUGCCAUGGCGCCCGUUCCACGUGCAAGUCCAGGGAUUUUACAAAGUGCAUUUACACGCUGUGAGCUUUUGUUGAAACGAAUGAGCACAUCGCUGCCUGUUGAGCUGCCGUGCUGUCCAUGUGGGAGUUCACCUUUGGCUUAAAGGCUACUGUUAUCCUGUUUUUAUUAAAUAAAAGACAAAACCGAG